AUGACUCGAAAUUCAUCAUCAACUAAAAAAACUAAAACAGAUUUAACAAAAGUUGAAUUAAAAAAAUUAAAAUCAAUUUUACCAACAUUAAAACAAAAACCAACAUCAACACCAAUUGAAAUUGUCUUAGAAACAAUUCGUUAUAUUCGUCAAUUAGAAAAUCAAUUAAUUGAUCGAUUUCAAACGGAUACAUCUCUAUCAGUUCCAUUUACUUCUCGAACAUCAUUAUCCGAUAUGUCAACUGAUUCAUCAUUACUACAAGAUAUUUCAAAUACAGACUGA